AUGAGCAAUUUUGCGGCGGCGGAUGACCCCGGAGCGGCGGGAGGCACGGCGGAGGCUCGGAGCCGGGGGGCGGCGCCGAGGAGCCAGCAGGUGGGGGCUUUGCGUGGUGAGCCGGAUGAGCGCACUGGUGGUGGUGGUGGCGGAGGCGGUGGUGGAGGUGGUGGAGUUGGUGGGGGUUCAGGACAUGGUGGAGGCUUUGGAGCUGGAGGUGGUGUAGGUGGUGGCAUUGGUGGGGGUGCAGGAGGAGGCGGUGGAGGUGGAGGCGGAGGCGGAGGUGGAGGAGGUGGAGGUCUAGGCGGAGGAUCAGGCCAUGGGGGUGGAUUCGGUGCUGGUGGUGGUUUAGGAGGUGGAGGAGGUGUCGGAGGUGCGGGAGGAGGCAUAGGAGGUGGUGGUGGUGGAGGCCAUGGCGGAGGAUUUGGGGUUGGAAUAGGCAUUGGCAUUGGAGUGGGAGCUGGUGCAGGCCAUGGAUCUGGAAGUGGGUCCGGCAGUGGUGGUGGUGGUGGAAAUUAA